CUUCAUUCACUGUCAAUGAUUCAAAGAUUCUCGAGGCUUUGGAGGGUCCCUGUUGAAUACCACAUAGUCCCUCAACAUGGGUAAUACAUUGAUCACUUAUUUAGUACACAUAUGACAGACCUAUGUAGCAGCUUCAUUCUCACAAGAUAUCUUUCAAUUCUUGUGAUUCGUCUCUCAAAUUAAAGAAUGCCGUCUCUGCCUCCGAUGGGUCACCCGGUAACCAGAAAAGAAAGCGGAGAUGUCCAUUUAGCCACUUCCCAGAGCAUUGGGCUCCAACGACGGUCAAUCUCACCGCCGAAGAGAAAAAAAGUGGAAUCUGAUGUUUCCUGAUUGGGAUACUCCGACACUGGUUGCCGACCCGAUCCGACGACGCCGUGGUGGAUUUUGAUUUGUUUUGGUUCCCAUGCCAACUCUUGAAAUGCUAUCUUGUCUCCCUUCUUUUCCUCUUGCAUUUUGACUCUAAUCUGAUCAAGUUACAUCAUUCUGUUUCCUAAAGACUCAUCACAUAUUCUCACCUUGAGAGACUCAUCCACACAGUCUUACCACCAGCUCAGGUAUUGUAACCAAACGUCACAAUGGGAAGCAUAGACACCACCGGCUACAGCUUCACAGCCGGCCCCGAAACCGUCUCCUUUGACAGUUUCCUCUUCGACAUGGAUGGCACAAUCAUUGAUUCCACCGCCGCCGUAGAGAAGCACUGGGAAGGCAUCGGCAACGAUAUCGGCGUAAGCCCCGAAAUUAUCCUCCAAACCUCCCACGGCCGCCGAACAAUAGACAUGCUCAAGAUCCUCGCCCCGGAAAAGGCCACCUGGGAGUAUGUCCAAUCCAGGGAAGCCCUCCUCCCCAAACUCUACGGCUCCGACGCCGUCGAGAUCCCCGGCGCCCGCUCCCUCCUCGAUUCCCUCAUUGCCCUCUCUGCCCCCUGGACAAUCGUCACGUCUGGCUCCCUUCCCCUCGUAAGCGGGUGGCUCAAGGUCCUUGACCUGCCUGUCCCGGAACACCUCGUCACGGCGGAGUCUGUGCAAAACGGCAAGCCAGAUCCGGCCUGCUAUCGUUUGGGGAGGGAGAAGCUGGGCGAGUCGGCGGGUGAGGGGAAGGAGGUUUUGGUGUUUGAGGAUGCUCCUGCUGGGAUCGAGGCUGGGAAGGCGGCUGGGUGCAGGGUUGUUGGGUUGGUGACUUCUCACAGUGUGGAGGAGGUUUUGUCUGCUGGGCCGGAUUGGGUGGUGAAGGAUCUGACGCAGGUUAGGAUUGUGAGGAGGGAGGAGGAUGGGAGGGUUGUGCUGGAGAUUGGGGGGUUGUUGGUGAGGAAUUAGGGGUGAGAGUUGGGAAAGGGGCGUUUGGGUGAUGGACUGGAAGGAGGAUAGGUGCUACAAGAUCACUGUUGGGGGCUAUGGGACAUGGUCUGGCUGUUAAUAGAUGGAAUAUCGGCAUUUUCAUGGGGUUUACCAGCAAAUGCCUGCAAUUAUUUGGUGCGUGUUGGAUUAGGGAAGCAUGUGAAGUGUUAAAGAUCCUGCGUGAUAUGUGAGCUGCAUAUUUCGUCGCGGUGAAUGAAAGAGUAGAAAACUCAAGAAAAUCUACAUUUACCUAGUGGAGAUAUGAGCAAUGAACCUUGAGAUCGGAAACUGGUCUCAGGCGGAU